AGAGAAAGGAAAAACGUGGCAACAAGUCUGAUCCUAAUGCAAUUUUAAGUUCGACAAAUGCAUGCUUGUAAUACGUUAAUUAAUCUAUGAAGUCGCAGCAGCCGCUAUAAGAAAGAAACAUUUAAAUUAUUAGUGAUGCACAAAGCCAUAGGUGGGUCUUAAAUGGCUGGGUUUGUAUUGAAGCUCCAGUCCGUCGCAGAAAUCCGCCCCGUGUUUGAAUUAGCCCAACAUUGCAACCCUUUCCAGGCGUAGAAAAGAGCAUUUCCAAGUUACAGCCGACUAGAUCAAGCCUACUGGAAGGGGGUGUGUUGAAGAUUGGGAACGCUGUCUCCAACCUGUCACGGAGAACGCUGACGUCAGGUGUGGUGUACUCCCGAGGGACGGAACUUCAGGCGGGAAAUGACAACGGUGCUGCCAAGGACGCGACUGGGCAAGCGCUCGCCGAUGGGCGCGCUGGUGACGGUCCCCUGCGGAGCGGCCGAGGGCCUGCAGGGGCCCGAGGGAGAGGACACGGCCGUGGGUCCUGGGGCUGGAUCUGGAUUCCCAUCUCGCACCCGGGUCAAACUAUACCCAGGACAGAAGGUUUAUCUGAUGUGCGGUGGGCGAGAGGUGGCGGGACUGGUGGAUCAGCACAACCACGUGUAUAACGAAGUGUCGGUCUUCCUGCCCCAACUGGGCCAGCACUUUUUACGCAAGACCGAGGAUGUGUGGACCACGCCCAUGUUUCAGCCCCAAGCAGUGGCCCCAUCUCACCCGGUAUCCUCCAGCAUAGAUGUGCCAAAGAGCUGCAGGAGCCCCGAGUCGGUGGAGAUGGAUGAGAUGAUGGCAGCCAUGGUUCUGACCAGCCUGUCGUGCAGUCCCGUGGUACAGAGCCCCACCCCGAAGGAACCCGCCCCAGCCUCAUGCGGAGUGGAGUGUGCCGGCGGAGAGCUGUCCGACAGCGGCAGCAGCGGAUGUUGGAGUUGGGACCGGGGCAGCAGUCCCGCGCCGUCCCCACCCAUCGCAGAGGGAGACGGCGCUCAGGCACCCUGCGCCGACGAGGGCUUGGAAAUGGAGCUGGAGCAGGUUCUGUUCGAGGAGCCAGCUCCGAGGAAACGCCGGAACUCCGUUAAGGUUGGCUACCGGUGUCUCUGGCCGAACUGCGGCAAGGUGCUGACGUCUGUGGUCGGGAUAAAGCGCCACAUUCGUACUUUGCACCUGGGACACAGCGGCGAACCGGAGCUUUCUCGCAGGGAGGAGGAUUUCUAUUACACCGAGAUCCACCGUGAAGCAGAGCCCACGCCCGCACCUCCGCUGCCCGCACCUCCGCCGGCCGUCGGCACGCCCACAUCCUCCUGCGUCUCUCCCUCCAGCCCCAUACAGCUGAUCCCUCCUGGAUCUGGGCUUCGCCCCCAGGACCCGCCUACACCGGGGACUCCACAGACCAGCCUGCUGAGCCAGUCCGCCCCGGGCUGCUUCUGGCAGGUCCAGUCGGAACACUCCUACCAGGCCUGCUCUCCCGUCCAGGUGAUCACAGCUCCCAUCCCCUCAAGUUCCUGCCACUGGACCCCUCCCGUCGCUGUCCUGCACACGACACAGGCCACUCCAGUCCGCAGCCGCUCAGGCAGUGUUGGAGAGCAGUGGCUGCAGCAGCACAGCGCCCCCAUCAGGCCACACGCAGCAAGUGGAUCCCCUCCUCGUGGCCAUUGCACCUCCAGGAAAGGCCGCGGUGAGGCCAAGAAGUGCCGCAAAGUGUACGGCAUCGAGCACCGGGACCAGUGGUGCACAGCCUGCCGCUGGAAAAAGGCCUGCCAGCGUUUCCUGGACUGAAGCGUCCAGCGCGAGAGACUAUGCCGGAGGAGAAGUCAACUCCAUAACAAAGACGCCGGCGGUGCAGGGGGGGGUCACCUCUAUUUACAGACUGUUUUGUGCAGCUCUGAACAUCCACGAGCACCUUUUUUUAAUUAUUUUUUUUUUUUUUUAACUUUUGUAUCUUUUGAUAUUUUUCGGAAGUGGGGCGGUUUUUUAUAUAAGGGUCUGCGACCCCCCCCCCCCCCCCGUUCGUACGGUUCUGGCGGUCACAACGGUAAUCCCCAUCACCCUGCUCCCCAUCCGCGUCUCACUUGGAUGUCUUCCGUUUGUAGGAGGGUGUGUGCUGUCCCACUCCACGUGACCCCACCCUCCCCACCAGGCGUACUGAGGCACGUGGCAGAGUGCUGUCGUCAAUUAGCAAACCCUCAACCACUGUGCGUUGCCCAAGACCCACCCCCCACUCUUGACCCUCCCCCACCCUCAAAGAGCAAUCCAGCCAGACGUGAAGGUGUACAGCAAAGUGUCCACUUAAUGCCGUUCGAGAACAAUGGUUGAGUGCCUCCUGUUUUGGGGACGGUCUCUUCCGUUUUUACCCGUUUUCAUUUUUUUUGGGGGUGGGGAGGUUGGAAGAACGAAAUCCCGCAGACAGAUUGCCGAGGUCUGACAGUGGAGAACUGUUUAUAAAGAACAAUUUUUAAUGGGGUGCAAAUGACACACCAUAAGGCCAUGCUCGUGUUUAUAUAGUCAGUGUAUUAAUCCUGGUUUCUACAUCUUUUUUCUAAGCAAGACAAAAAUAUAAAUGGUUGGUACUUCAAGAGCUCAAUCUUUUUGGGCUUGUUGACUUGUGAUGUUUGUACUAUGACCUUGCCAGUGUAUAUUCAUAAGGACAUGCAGUAUUUCUUUGAAUAAACCCUUGCAGAAAUCAUGCCCCCCCCCCCCCCACAGUACUAAUGUUUCUGCAUGAUCUGAACAAUUUAAGUACAUUAGAAAAGUAAGUGAAAUAUACUGUUUCGAACUUUUCUUUUUCACCUCUGCGUGCAUAUUGAUGAAACACAUUAAGUCCCUCGAAGUGGCAGCGUGUCUGACAGAGGAUUUACCAUUAGCACUGUUAGAUAAAUUUGUGAAUGUAGGUUUAUCCUGCCAUGAAGUACCAGCAAGUAUUAGGCAUCACCUGUAAAAAUUAUUAAAAGAAAAAGCCCAGUAAAUGGUUCCAUGGUGCAUCUAUCUAUUGUCAUAUAGAUAUAAUAUAUAUAUAUAUACUGUUCUUCAAAGCUUUUUAAGUACUGUCCCCAAAUUUCCAGGCAUCAGAAGAGAUAGAAACCAUUACAGUGACGAUAUAUGCACAUUUUAUAGGCUUGUAGAACCGUUAUGGAAAGAACUGCCUUUUCUGGCUUCUUUAUGAUAGGUCAGGUCAAGCUUUUAGUUAAUUUUUUUUAAUGUCUCUUUUGCUUUUCUGUGUUCUCCAGUGAUCCAAACUCUGCCGCCCAUUUGUGUUUUUAUGAAUCUGCGAUCAGGCGCACGCUACUCGCUACUUGAGUUCUCAAAGUUCAGUUAAAAGACCAAAUAACACAUCAUUUCGAGGUGCCAAUUGUUCUCAUCCCACAUUUUUAAAUAGGGGACUUUAAGUUUUGCCCAGAAGCUGCUAAUCUGCAUGGCAAUGAGAUUAUUAGCCAGACUGUCCAGUAUCCCCUUGUGUAACUAGUGGUCAAAUAUGUAUGUAUAUUUUUUUUGGUUUGCACUCAUCAUUUUGGAGGAAUUAGUGAUUGUAUUCUAUCGAGACAAUUAAGAUCAAGCCAGGUAAUUGGUCGGAUUAUUUUCCAACAAUUGGAUAAAGAUAAUUGAAGGUAAUUUAAUACCCAAGUACUGUGUUAACCGUGUUAAAAGUUAAACUGAAUGUUCCUGAAAGACUAAUUAUUCCACAGAAGCAAAAACACUUACUAUUCAUAUAUUGUCAUAUAUAUGUAUCUUGAACAUUGUUUGUAAAACUACGGGAAAAAAAAGAAAAAUGUAUAAAAAUAAACAUUUUGUGGAUCAUUUUUUUUCUAUGUAAUGCCGUAAAUGAAAUGUUUGUCAUUCUCAUGUUGAAAUAAAUUUUAUACGGAUGAUA